AUGGAGAUGCCUCAAGUCUACCGACCUAUUCCUCGACGAGCAUUUGAGCUCACACCUGCUUCAACGGACUCCUCACACCCGCCGUCUCCGGCUGAAGCUACAAACCCCGAGUUGCUUCUGACACAAAAGCCUGAUCUCCCUCCGAGUCGCACACGAUCAAUCCUCAACUUGACGUCUUCGACUCUGCUUGGGAUUUACUCUCCUCUCACCUCAGAGGGUAACCGGGAUGAAACAUCUACACCUUGGGGUACCGGAGCACAGACACCUAGCAAAAGGCCGAGCAUAGAUGACUACACCUAUGAAUCGGCGGGGGGUCCAGUGACUUGGAACGGAGAGGCCACAAAACCCCGGCUGAAAGUAAAGAGAAAAGGCUUCCGUGGCUAUCUGGUGCCUCUGUUCUUGCAGACUUCGCUAUUAUUCGGAUGCGGGAUUGGCUAUGGGACACUAAUCACCCAUCUCCACAAGACUCAACAGAUCACGCCGGUCCCGGUGCCUGACAUCGACCGGAGCUCUCUGUAUUAUCAGGUCUCUUGGGGCAUCUUUGGCAUUUUGCUCGGGAAUGCCCUUCCUCUAGUCGACUCCUUCUGGGAGAGAUUUGUAUCGUCUGAAUCAAAGUCAUCAAAGAGCACCGCGCUUGAGCCUGAAGCUGCCAAUUCUUCCACGUCUACCGAUAGUGGGCUUGGGCCAUUAUGGUACUCUACCGUUCGCAGCAUGGGAGCAUUUGUUGGCAUUGCAUUUGCAGUGCGCCGGAUUCCCUGGCAAUCCACGCUGCAAGUUGCUUUGACUCUGGCUCUGGCGAAUCCUGUGCUGUGGUAUAUCAUCGAUCGAUCUCUACCAGGCUUCGCCUUUUCAGCAGCUGUAAGCACCAUCGGCACUUUGGUUAUGUUGGUGGUGGACCCAGAUUUCGUGCCAGUUCCAGCGAUUCAUCAGCCAAUGGCGUCUGAAAAGUUUGGUGUCUAUACCUGGUUGGCGAGCAUUCUGUUUUGCACCAGCCUUUGCUUUGGUGCGAUUGGAAGGAGGCUACGAUUGUGA